UGUUCCCGAGACUUCAUGGUGCUUGGGUUGAAGAGACAUCUGUCAUUACAGGGAUCAGUGUCCUUUGAGGAUGUAGUGGUGGACUUCACCUGGCAGGAGUGGCAGGACCUGGAUGCUGCUCAGAGGACCCUCUACAGGGAUGUGAUGCUGGAGAACUACAGCAGCCUGGUGUUCGUGGGGCACUGCACAACCAAACCUGAGUUGAUCUUCGAGUUGGAGCAUGGAUUUGGGCCUUGGAGUAAAGCAGAAGCCUCAGUCUGGAAUUUUCCAGGUCUGUGAAUGUAUACUG